AUGGUAAGGCAGACGGACGAGAGUCAGUUGAUGGAAUGUUCACCAUGAGUAACGUCCUGCAGCUGUGUGUGUGCGUCUCACUCGCUCUGUUCAUCACCGCUGGAGCCGUCGCAGUGCAAAGAGUGUUUGUGCCCGGAAAGCACUUCCUGUUGCUGUCAUGUGAUGGCCAGUCAGAUGUGGUGUGGAGACACGGAGGAACGAGUCUGAUAAAAGUGAACAACACGAAGCAGACACUCUUUUUAGAUGGGAAGUUGGAAAUCAAAAGCCUGGAAACCAGAGAUUCAGGCCUGUACUACUGCAACAACCAACUCAUUGCACACGUCACUGUUCUCACAGGUUAUAAUGUUGUUGUGUGUGAAGGUGGAACCCUGUACCUUCCCUGUACAAUCCCUAAACAGCGCUGGGCUUGUAAACACACUGAAGAGUCGAAGAAGGAGUUCAUCUCUACACGCUUCAAGAACGGAACAGUUAUAAAGGAACGUCCAGAUCCAUACUCACGUUUCACACACAUGUCAAACCAGCUCCAGAUCUUCAACAUACAGAAGCUCGACUCAGGAACCUACUUCUGCAGCGGCAAAGACGUUGCUGUUGUUAAUGUCACAUCAGAGAGAAACACAGAGUGGUGUCCCCCUACAGAAACAACAAAAUCAGGAAAAAAUGGCCAUCAGAAGUCUGGAAAUGUGGUGCUGGUUGCUGUCCUCGUUGUGUGUGUGUUAGCUGUGGUGACUCUCGUUCUGCUCCUGGUGAUCGUGUUUCUGAAGUUCAGCAGUAGGAAAAAACCCACAGAGGGAAGUGUGUUGGAGACACAUACUCACGAUGCGGACGCAGUGACGCUUCACGCCUCAGAUCGAAUGAAGAGCUCUAAUGAUGAGAUCCAUUAUGCGUCACUGGGAAGGCAUAACUGGAGAUCUCGAGGCUGUCAUCAGCAAAGCAGGCAGCAGGUCAUUUACUCCACACUGCUGCUGACUCCCACACACACAACUGCACACACACCUUAACACACACAUACACACACACACAUAUAUAUA